AUGGGCAAUCCGAUCAAAGCCACGAAAGCGAAAUGGGCCGAAAGGAAAGAGAAAAGACGCCAAGAAAAAGAGAAGCUCGAGGCAGAGAGGGAACACAACGCCGUGGUCAAGAAAAUCAAGCAACAGCCAUCUGAGUCCUGUCCGUGUGAAGAGUCUCCUUGUGCAAGAUGUCGCCUCUUGUACUUUCUGCGCUCGAAUCUGAAGGAUCGAUUUCAGCCACCAGAACCAGAUGUCAAGCAUCCAGCAAGAGCCGUAAGGCAACAGAUAACACAUUGGGUCAAGGAUCCGAAAUCUGCCAUCCCGAAGAUGAAGAUCCUCUGCUUACACGAUUACAACGAGGAUUCUCUGAAUUUAGAACGCCAUAUCAGCGGCUUGAUCAGCUGUCUUGACGAUGGACAUGAAUUCAAGUUUGUGGAUGGACCUAUAGAGCUCAAUGAUGAUCGUGGUACUCACUAUUCAUGGUUUGAAACAAGCUCUCCUGCCGAUAUAUUGAAUGCACACGAAGUCCUCGAGAGAAUAAUUGCAGAGGAUGGCCUAUUUGACGGAGUUCUCGGGUUCGGUCAAGGUGCUGCUCUCGCAACGUCUUUCAUCUUGCAACGCCAAAUUGAGAGAAAGCCCCCUCUCUUCGACUUUGCAAUUAUGUGUUCGAGUAUUAUUGCCCCAAGCUGUGACGAUAAUUUUGCACCGGAAUUUUACCCGGCAAUGUGGCUCAAGUACGGGGUAGACAUCCAAAAACAAGUCAAAGAACAUCGAAGAAUAAUGGCUUAUCUUGCAGAACCAUCACCAGAUUUGCCAGCUGUGGCAGAUGUGAAACAGACACAAGACUCAGAAGCAUUACAUUUGGGCGGAGCUUCGACCCAGAACGCACAGCAGGACCCAACGGCCCAGAUUGUGAAGGAGCUCACAGCAGCUUUGAUAGCUGGGGAUAGCGAAAUCAGUCAGCAAAUAUACGAUAUGCAACCAGACGAUUUUGUGAUGAACGCUGAGACGAUGCCGCGAAUGUUUCAUCCCAGCCUCACUCGAGAAAGAAUCCACACUCCGACCGUACAGACUUGGGGAAGCAACGAUACUUUCCGCACACAUGCUAAACUCGUCAAGCAGCUUUUCGACUCCUCGGGUGUGACUCUGGUAGUGAAUCACGAUGCCGAGCAUAAUUUCAUGAUGCAGGAUCAUUACUUCUACGAUCUGAUCGAAGAUGUUCAGAAGGUGAUGAAGCUGGCAUUGCUACAAAAGUUCUGCAUCCAUAAGCCACUAAAGUACUUCGAGGGAACUGAGCACCAACACAUCCCUGGUGAACGGCUGAUAUGGCAGCGGGAUACACAAGGGACAAGGGUCUGAAGUAUUCAAAGCUGUACCAAUUUGUUCUGACAAAGUUGGACGUAGUUUAGAGCAUUGUUUGAAGCAUAGAAUGCACAGCGUAAUCAGAGAUCAGCUCACUUGAGCUCGAAUUUCCAUGUCCCAUUGCAGAUGUUGAUGAG